AUGGCCGCGGUUUCCGUGACAAACGAUCUGCACACCCCUAUCGAAGUGAAGCUUCGGAGUGGCGAAUGGCAGGUCGUGUAUCCCCAGAGGUCUUGGGAUGUCGACGUGUCGGAUGAAGUGACCUCUGUGGAGAUUCGAUUGCGAGAAAAUCCGGCAUUGAAGGGCUGCUGCCUGGUUUCCAAAGGCUCCUCCGAAUUAUGGGCCUCCGUGGGCUUCGAAGCUUUCAGCCGAGAGGCGAAAGGCCGGGACCGCGCCGAGGCCCGGGAGUUGGCCCGCGAAGGAAAGCGACGGAAGGAAGCCCAGAUGCGGAGCGAGAAGAUGAUCGAGGAGGCCGCCGCAGAGAAGCGGAACGCACAAGUGCGGAAGGAUAUGCGGCGGGAGAUUCCAAGUGUUAUCCUUCUGUUUGUCCUCUUGAUCCUUUGCGUUGCAAUCCCGCCCGGAAGUGCCCUUGCUGCCGCACUGUUGGCGAGUGCCACGGUGCCGUUGUGCUGCUGCCUCAGUCGUGUGAUUGUUGCCUCGGAUAUUUCAAGUCAGACAGAUGACUUUUAUUUCGGAAAAUACUCUGUUCACGCCCGUUUUGGCUUCCGGAUUCUGGGGUUCCUCGCGCUGGCUUUGCUGCUGCUGAUGACGGUCCAACACGCUCUGCAAGGAUUCCCAUGGACUGCAGCCAUCGUUUGGACUGGGACCUUGUUUUGUGUCGGCGUUUUUUUUGUCUUAUGGCUGUUUGGGGAAUUGGAAACCCCGCUGACCGAGGACGACCUUCUCACCCUAGAACGAGAACGCGAGUCAGCCCAAGGCGAAGUCAGCAACCGUAGCAUUCGCUUUGAAGGAAGCGUCAUCCGCGAACGCGGGCGGCCCUGCGUGGCCAGCUGGCCCGGGAAAUACGAGGGAGCGUGGGAAUCCCUCGUCUCGCAAGGGCGGAAUGGUGAUGUCAGUGCAGCAGUGGUGUUCCUCCCACAAGGCACGGACGACUACGGCCAGUGCGACAGCAUCCCCGAAGCCGAAGGCUUGCCCGGUAGUUGCUGGUGCACGCCCCUCUACGGUGAACAGAAGCCGUGGGGCUGCAGGUGGUUUACCAAAUGGAGGGAGAACAUCGAGACGGCGGUCGAGUCCGGAGCAGAGCUGGAAGUUUACUUCUUCCAGAACCACGUCGGCAAAGGCAAGGUGGAGAGCUUCGAUACGGCAGGCGACGACAACCUCAACAGGGAGAAGGUGAAUAGGAAACAAAACGACUACGAGGAGUCUCCUGAGUUCAAGCAGGCGCUGGACGCAGGUCUCGGCAACCUCUCCACGGAGCCACGUGGCGACGGAUCCUCCCAGUAUAGCCGUGAAGCUCGGCGCCUGUUCCUCGCCUCCCUCUCAGAGACAGAGCGCGAGUAUCUGGUCACCUCAGAGGGCCUCGGCAACUCCCAGAAAGCCGAGGUCGCCUGGCUGGAAAAGAAGGGCUACACAUACUGGGAGGUGGACGUCUCCACGUGGCUCCCGGGAGAGGGAGUUGAGAGAUACGUCCCGCUAUGUGGCGAACGAGAACCGCAAUUUUAUGGCCGGCAAGACGACUUUUCACCAAGGAAUGAAGAUCUUUUUGAAUCGCCUGUGCCGGCAUUGCCCGGCGCAAUCUGCUGA